ACCAGUGAGGCAGAGGAGGAGGCAAGUGCAGGAGGCUUAUACAGAACGGGACUACGCGUAAAUAAACAGCAAAGCAGCAAAGCGCUUCGUGGCGGAGGAGCUGAAGAGCCGGAGCCGGGCUUCUCGUGUCGCAUCGAGGAAUAAUCAGACUGAAGAAAAGCCCAAGAGGAGGAAGAAGCAGCCAUCUGCCCAGCGAGGAAGAGGAGACAGGGUAUUUGGGUUUCUCUGCUGUGGACGUAACCCUGAGACUGUGUGACUGAGCAGCAGAGGGGCAGAUCACUGUGACACACGACGACGACGGCGACGAUGAUGAUGAUGGAGUUGAGGCAUUUAGACGCAGCGCUGCUGGUGUUGAUCCUGGGACACCUCUCCUCCGCUCUGGAGGUCCCGCUAGACCUUCUGCCAGGAUUGCCGCAGCCUCCGACAAUAACUCACCAGUCCCCGAAGGAAUACAUCAUGGAUCCUCGAGAGAAUAUUAUAAUUCACUGUGACGCGAAGGGGAAGCCGCAUCCCAGCUUCUCCUGGACGAGAAACGGUACCCAUUUUGACGUCGAACAGGACCCCAGCGUGAUGAUGAGGCCUCACUCAGGGACCCUGGUGGUGGACCUCAGCAGAGCAAGGCCUGAAAACUUCGAGGGUGUGUUUCAGUGCACGGCGAGGAACAAAUACGGAUCUGCGGUGUCCAACAAUAUUGUCGUCAGACAGUCAAAAUCCCCCUUGUGGUCAAAGGAGAAAUUCAAGCCAAUCGUGGUCCAGGAGGGCGUUUCCUUGGUGUUGCCGUGCCGACCCCCUGCAGGACUUCCUCCUCCUAUCAUAUUCUGGAUGGACAAUAACUUCCAGAAGCUUCCCCAGAGCAAGAGGGUGUCCCAGUCCCUGAAUGGCGACCUGUACUUCUCCAACGUUCGGCGAGAGGAUUCCAGGAACGACUACAUCUGCUACGCUCGCUUCACACACACGCAGACCAUCCAGCAGAAACAGCCCAUCACUGUCAAAGUGCUCAAUCUGGAUGCAAUCAAUGACACAAUGGCAGAUUAUUAUAAUGACACUGAAUUGUUAAACGAGGCCCCAGUGGAUGAGAGGAAGCCAACCUUCCUCAUCCCAUCUGGCCACUCGAGCGCCAAGAUGGUGCUGAGGGGACACGUUCUGGAGAUGGAGUGUAUUGCCGAAGGACUGCCCACCCCCGAGGUUUCCUGGACCAAAGUGAGCGGAGACCUCCCUGGUAGGCGCGCGUCCUUCCUUCACUUCAAUAAGACCCUGCGGAUCGUGAACGUGUCUGAAUCGGACGCGGGAGAUUACCGCUGCACUGCCAGGAACCAGCUCGGCUCUGCACAGCACACCAUCAGCGUCACGGUCAAAGCUGCACCUUAUUGGAUCAGUGGGCCUCCAAAGAAUCUUGUUCUGGCUCCUGGAGAGAGUGGAGUGUUGACCUGCAGGGCCAGUGGCACACCAAAACCCUCCAUCAUGUGGUCAAGGAAUGGCGGCCCCAUCGAGAAUUCACCUAAAGACAUCAGCAGAAAAGUGGAAGACGACACAAUCAUCUUCACUGAUGUUCAGGCCGACUCCAGCGCCGUGUACCAGUGCAACAUCUCCAACCCGUACGGCUACCUCCUGUCCAACGCUUUCGUCAACGUCCUUUCCGAGCCGCCCAGAGUGCUGACUCCAGCCAACAAACUCUACCAGGUCAUCGAAAACCGCCCGGCCCUGAUGGACUGCUCCUCGUUUGGGUCCCCCAUUCCCAAAAUUACGUGGUUCAAAGACAGCAGAGCCAGCACCCUGGAUGGAGACCCGUACAUCCUGCAUGACAACGGUACUCUGGAAAUCCAAGUAGCUCAGCCGCAGCACAAAGGCAAAUACACCUGCGUUGCCACCAACAUGCUCGGCAUCUACGAGAACCACGUCUACCUGGAAACAAAAGAGCCUACCCGUAUCAUAAAGCAACCGGAUGACAAGGUGGUCCAAAGAGGCCGAUCCGUGCUGUUCGAGUGCAGAGUGAAACACGACAAGGAUCUCCUUCCUUCCGUGAUUUGGCUCAAAGACGACGAGGAGCUGCCUGAUGAUGAGCGAUUCAUUGUAGAAUUCGACAGCCUGUCCAUCACUGAUGUGUCAGAGAGAGAUGCUGGGACCUACAAGUGCAUCGUCAACACCACUCUGGACCAUGAUUUGGCCACUGCUGAGCUAACUGUUGUCGAGCCCACGCCAGCUCCAGCUGACCUCCACGGGCGACCCGACCCCCCCACAGACCUGGAGCUGACAGACCAGAAAAAAAGAAGCGUUCAGCUCACUUGGAUCCCUGGGGAAGAACAUAACAGCCCCAUUGAGGAAUUUGUAAUCCAGUAUGAGGACUCGCUGCACCGCCGAGGGCAUUGGCACGACCUUGCACGGGUUCCUGGGACCAAGACGACCGCUCAUCUCAAACUUUCGCCACACGUCUACUACACCUUCAGAGUAUUGGCCCGUAACGCUGUGGGCCUGAGCGAGCCCAGCAGCCCCUCCCGGAUGUAUAAAACUGAUCCUGCAGCUCCUGACCAGAACCCAAAAGAUGUGCGUGGCUCUGGAACUGAACAUAACAACCUUGUAAUCACCUGGCAGCCUCUGUCGGGCCUUCAGUCUAACGGCCCGGGGCUUCAUUAUAAAGUGAGUUGGAGGCCGAAGAGACCGGGCAGCGACUGGACCACAGUGACGGUGGCCAAUAACUCCAGGUUUACUGUCUCUGGAACACCCACAUUUAGUCCAUAUGAGAUAAAGGUUCAGGCGGUAAACGACCACGGAGACGGACCAGAGCCUGCUGUUGCCCUCGGCUACUCGGGAGAAGAUUUGCCAGUAUCAGCUCCAACAAAUGUUCGGGCUACAGUGGUAAACAGCACCCUGGCAGAGUUACACUGGGAUCCUGUGCCUCUUCAUUUAAUACGAGGACAUGUCCAAGGAUACAAGGUUUACUACUGGAGAAGGCACAACCUUCAUAAGCACAACCCUGAUCACAUGGAGAAGCGCAUCCUUACGUUUAGCGGGAACCACAGCCACGGCAUGCUGCCUGGUCUGCAUCCUUUCAGCCACUACUCGUUUAAUGUUAGGGUCUUUAACAAGAAGGGCGACGGCCCCCGAAGUACAACGCAGCAGUUUAAGACACCUGAGGGAGAGCCUGGGCCCCCUGUCUCACUUUCGGUUACAGACCCAAGCUUAGAUUCUUUGACCCUCGCAUGGAGUCCGCCUCACGAACAUAACGGUCACAUCACCGGCUACGACCUCAAAUAUCAGCCAGUCAAUAACUCCAAUGAACUGGGCCCGGAAGAGGAGCUGGCCCUGGCUGCCAAUGAGACCUCGGUCACUUUGAAAAACCUCAAGUACAGCCCACGCUACAGGUUUUAUUUGAAUGCGAGAACAAGCGCUGGAGCGGGCCCAGCCUUUUCACUGGAACAUGCCGUCAAGUUGGAAGAAGGGAACACCCAAACGUCUCAUCCCGUUGCAUGGUCUCCUCGGCGCCGUCCAAUCAACAAGGCCCGGCCUGCGAGUCCUUUCGCAAACGUUAGCUCCUCGGUUGAAGAAGACGGGGCCCUGAUCAGUUGGGAGUACUGGGGCCCAGAGAAAAAUGUUUAUGUAGAGUACAUUGCAGACAACAGUGAAGACGAAGAGGAGUGGCAGAAAGAGCUUGUGAACGGCUCUCAGAACGUUAAGCUGAAGGGCCUAAAGGGGGGCCUCUCCUAUAGGGUGCGUGUGGUGGCUCAGGGUCACCACGAGCAGCCGCUCCACUCCGAGGAGCUGUUUGUCACCGUCCCAGCUGUGACGAGCAGACAGGUAGACAUCGCCACUCAGGGAUGGUUCAUUGGGCUCAUGUGCGCCAUCGCCCUGCUCAUCCUGGUCCUUCUCAUUAUCUGCUUCAUUCAGAGGAACAAAGGAGGGAAAUACCCCGUCAAAGAGAAGGAGGACGCACACACGGACCCCGAGUUCCAGCCAAUGAAAGACGAUGACUGUACUUUUGUGGAAUACAGUGACAAUGAGGACCACAAACCGCUAAAAGGGAGCCGCACGCCGUCUAACGGGACGGUUAAGAGAGACGACAGUGACGACAGUUUAGUUGACUACGGGGAAGGAGGAGACGGACAGUUCAACGAGGACGGCUCCUUUAUUGGCCAGUAUAGCGGAAAGAGUUCCAGCAGGGACAAUGCUGAGGGCCAGGAGAGCUCAGGGGCCCCGUCCCCGAUUAACGCCAUGAACUCCUUGAACUCCUUCGUGUAGCCGCUCAGUCCUAACGGACCAGCGUGGCGUCCUCGCUGCAGCCCGGCGACGGCAGCGUCUCCCUUUAGCCGGGGGUCUGGCAGCGCUGCAUGGCUUCAUGAUCACGCUUUUACAGAGACGUCCACACAUGGCACAGGAAAUGUAGAGAGACUGACGAUGCGUUCACUUGGAAAUCUUCCUGAAGAGGUUGGACUUAAUAGCUGAAUUGUAUGAUAUUGCUUUGACUAUACAUGUUUUUACUGUAAGACAUAUAUUAAUACUUUGACAUUAACUCAUAUAGCAUCUUUCAGAACGUCUCACAUAAACAAUGCGGUGAUUUUUCGAGAAUACAUAUUUGACAUUGAUUAUGGCAUGUUUGCUAUACUGAAGCGUUGUUAAACGUCUGCGAUGAAUAGCUAACGUGUAUGUUUCCACCACAGAACAGGAAGUUGUUGAAACUGAUAUUAUGCACCUGCUGCAUUAUUUCAGUUUCCAAAUGCAUUUACAAUCCAACUGGCAGGAUCAGGCACACCUGCCAUCGCAUAUAAACGAGUUUUGAGAAUGCAAUCCCCUGCAAAAGUUUUCAUACCCAAUUGUUGUCACUUUACAACCACAUCCUUCACUUUAUUUCAUUGGGAACUUCUGUGACACACCAACACCAAAUAAUAUAUAUAAGAUUCAGAUAAA